CUCCCGGCCCUACCCAGCCACCCUCGCGCGCGGCGCUGGGGGACAGAGACAUGGCUCGUGAGCUUCGAACGCUGCUGCUGUGGGGCCGCAGGCUUCGGCCUCCACUGCGACCUCCGUUUCUGGUGGCCGCGUCGGGAGGAAUCUUCCCUCAUUUUCCAGCUUCUGUUGUCGCUCUGAUCUUUCUUCUGGUUGGCCCCAGAAAGCCAAUUCUGUGUCCUCAGAGGUCCACGGUCCAGUUCAGGAGCCGCUGGCAACAGCUGGCUUCUACCUUCUAUGCAGGACGGCCAUAUAGCACGCAGGCUGCUGAGGACAAGAAGGAGGAGACCCUACACUCCAUCAUAAGCAGCACAGAGGCGGUGCAGGGUUCUAUCUCCAAACAUGAGUUCCAGGCAGAGACAAAGAAGCUGUUGGACAUUGUGGCUUGUUCCUUGUACUCAGAGAAAGAGGUAUUCAUACGGGAGCUCAUCUCCAAUGCCAGUGAUGCCCUGGAAAAACUGCGCCAUAAACUGGUAUCUGAUGGCCAAACGUUGCCAGAAAUGGAGAUUCAUCUGCAGACUGACACUGAGAAAGGAACCAUCACAAUCCAGGAUACCGGCAUUGGAAUGACACAGGAGGAGCUGGUAUCCAACCUAGGCACGAUCGCCAGGUCAGGGUCAAAGGCCUUUCUGGAAGCACUACAGGACCAGGCGGAGGCCAGCAGCAAGAUCAUUGGCCAGUUUGGAGUGGGUUUCUACUCAGCCUUCAUGGUGGCUGAUAGAGUGGAGGUCUAUUCCCGCUCCGCAGCUCCAGGGAGCCCCGGCUACCAGUGGCUUUCAGAUGGCUCUGGAGUGUUUGAAAUCGCUGAAGCUUCAGGCGUUAGAACUGGGACCAAAAUUGUCAUCCACCUCAAGCCAGACUGCAGAGAGUUCGCCAACGAGGCCCGGGUUCGAGAUGUGGUGACAAAAUACAGUAACUUCGUCAGCUUCCCCUUAUACCUCAAUGGAAGACGUAUUAACACCCUGCAGGCCAUCUGGAUGAUGGAUCCCAAGGAGCUCAGUGAGGCACAGCAUGAGCAGUUCUACCGCCACAUCACCCAGGCCUAUGAUAAGCCCCGCUACACUCUGCACUAUAAGACGGAUGCGCCCCUCAACAUCCGGAGCAUCUUCUACGUGCCAGAGACGAAACCAUCCAUGUUGGAUGUGAGCCGGGAACUGGGCUCCAGCGUGGCACUGUACAGCCGCAAGGUCCUCAUUCAGACCAAGGCUGCAGACAUCCUGCCCAAGUGGCUGCGCUUCAUCCGAGGUGUGGUAGACAGCGAAGACAUCCCCCUAAACCUCAGCCGGGAGCUCCUGCAGGAGAGCACCCUCAUCAGGAAACUCCGGAGUGUCCUGCAGCAGAGGCUAAUAAAGUUCUUCAUCGACCAGAGUAAAAAAGACCCUGAGAAAUAUGCAAAGUUUUUUGAAGAUUACGGCUUAUUCAUGAGAGAGGGCAUCGUGACUACUGCAGAACAGGAGGUCAAGGAGGACAUCGCGAAGUUGCUGCGCUACGAGUCCUCGGCACUGCCCGCUGGGCAGCUGACCAGCCUUUCAGACUACGCCAGCCGUAUGCAGGCCGGCACCCGCAACAUCUACUACCUGUGUGCCCCCAGCCGGCACCUGGCUGAGCACUCACCCUACUAUGAGGCUAUGAAGCAGAAAAACACGGAGGUCCUCUUCUGCUAUGAGCAGUUCGAUGAGCUCACCUUGCUGCACCUUCGUGAGUUUGACAAGAAGAAGCUGAUUUCGGUGGAGACAGACAUAGUUGUUGAUCACUACAAGGAAGAGAAGUUUGAGGACUCAUCCCCAGCUGCUGAGCGCCUACCCGAGAAGGAGACAGAGGAGCUGAUGGCCUGGAUGCGGAACGUACUGGGGUCUCGAGUCACUGCUGUGAAGGUGACUCUCCGCCUGGACACCCACCCUGCCAUGGUGACUGUGCUAGAGAUGGGGGCCGCCCGGCACUUCCUGCGUAUGCAGCAGCUAGCCAAGACCCAGGAGGAGCGUGCCCAGCUCCUGCAGCCCACGCUGGAGAUCAACCCCAGGCACGCGCUUAUCAGAAAGCUGAGUGAGCUGAGACAGCGUGAGCCGGAGCUGGCCCAGCUGCUUGUCGAUCAGAUCUAUGAAAACGCCAUGAUCGCAGCAGGCCUUGUUGACGACCCCAGGCCCAUGGUGGGCCGCCUGAAUGACCUUCUUGUCAAGGCCCUGGAGAAAUACUGACAGUCAAGCAGCUGGACCUGUGAUCUGAGGUGCGGUCCAGAGGACAGAUGGAACCAUGUGUCUCUGCCUAGAAAGUGACCCCCGGACAGGCAGAGGAAAGACCAGACGCCGUGGAUGAGACCACCACCUUGAGCUUUAUUUAUCUCAAUUAAAAGAUAUUUCUUAAUCCA